AUGGCUUCGCAGCGUGUCCGGGCUUCCGUCCUGCACGGCGAGCGGGACCUCCGGCUUGAGGAGCGCGAGCUGCCGCCGCCCGCCAACGACGAGGUCCAGGUGGCCGUCCAGUCGACGGGCCUGUGCGGCUCCGAUUUGCAUUACUUCAACCACUUCCGCAACGGCGACAUCCUGGUGCGCGAGCCGUUGACGCUUGGCCACGAGUCGAGCGGCACCGUCGUCGGCGUCGGCUCGGCCGUCUCGGACCUUAAGCCGGGCGACCGCGUUGCGCUCGAGGUCGGCCUUCCGUGUGAAGAGUGCGAGUACUGCCAGCAGGGGCGAUAUAACAUCUGCCGCGACAUGAGGUUUCGCAGCUCGGCCAAGGCCUUUCCCCAUGCGCAGGGCACGCUGCAGGAAAGGCUCAACCAUCCGGCCCGGUGGUGUCACAAGCUUCCCGACGGCCUGUCCCUAGACCUCGGCGCCGUCAUCGAGCCGCUCUCGGUGGCCAUGCACGCCCAAGACCGCGCCAGCCUACCAGCCAAAUCGACCGUCCUCGUCUUUGGCGCCGGAGCUGUGGGGCUGCUGGCAGCCGCCGUCAGCAAGGCUUCAGAUGCCGAGGCCGUCGUGAUUGCCGACAUCCAAAAGGACCGCGUCGACUUUGCCGUCGCCAACGGAUACGCCGACACGGGCUUCGUCGUACCCAUGGCGCGGCCGCAGACGAUUGACGAGAAGCUCGCCUACGCGCAAGACGUUGCCGCCAAGAUCAUGGCAACCGAGAUCCGUGGCAAGCCCGUCGGCGAAGUCUCGGCCGUGUACGAAUGCACUGGCGUCGAGACUUGCCUCCAGAGUUCCAUCUACGCCACCAAGCCCGGCGGCAAAGUCAUGAUCAUCGGAAUGGGCACUCCCAUUAUCACUCUGCCCAUGUCCGCCGCUGCCCUACGCGAGGUCGACCUCAUCGGCGUCUUCCGAUACGCCAACACGUACAAGGAGGCCAUCAAGCUACUGUCCAAUCGGCCGGCGUCGAUGCCGGACUUGGCGACCCUCGUCACCCAUCGCUUCAAGGGCAUGGACCACAUUACGGACGCCUUCUCCAUGGCCGCUAAGGUCAAGGACGGCGCCGGGCGGCUGGUGCUAAAGGUUGUCGUGGACAUGGAGGAGCAAAUGUGA